AUGGCCACACCUGCGGACUCGAAGCAGGAAGUCAAGCCGGUGAAGGUCUCGAAGCCUCGGAUUGACUGCAUUGACGGCUGCCGCUUCGCAUUGGUCUUCCCCAUCGUCAUUGCGCACUUUGCGAGGUUUGGCACCAGCAAUCUGACGGCGCUGAAGCUGCUGACGCAGGAGAACGUGCUCGUGGGAGGCUUCUUCGUCAUCUCAGGAUAUGUGUCUGCCUACACCUCCACGAAGCUAGGCGAGCGGAAGGCAGAGGACAAGAAGCUGGCCAACCCAGAGCUCUUCUUCUGGCAGAGGGUGAUGGCCUACUAUCCUUUGCACUUCGUGAUUUCCUGCCUCUUCGCCCCGAUGUUCAUCCAGGUUGAGAGGUGGUACAACACUCCCUGGACCACGACCGCCUUCCGUGCCUUCCUGAACUUCAGCAUGCUGCAGGCAGCCGUGCAAGUUGCAAAGCUGCGCCGGGAGACGUUGCAGUGCUUUUUUGGCCAGGCUUGGUUCCCCAAGGAAGCAGAGAUCUGGAAUCAGCCCACCUGGUUCUUGUCGGCCCUGACGUUCUCGAACCUCACCAUGCCGACGCUGGUGCUGCCGCAGGUUGCGCAGCUGUCCAAGAACGGCCUUCAGAAGCUCUUCGCUGCUUUGACGGGCAUUUCGCUCCUGCAGAAGGUCUCUUACUCGGAGACGGCCCGCUUCCACAGCAGCAAGGAGCAUCCAGUCAACGGACAGGUGAUGCACCCUCUGAUCUGGAACCUGACCCGCUUCCACCCCUUCUGGGCGCUGAUCGAGAUGACGAUGGGCAUCGUCGCGGCCAGGCACGUCAUGCUGGACACGGAGGAGGACAAGAAGAAGCCGACCACGAACCCCCUGUGGCUCUUCCUGGCGGCUUACGCUUCCCUGGGUCUGCGUUUGACCAAGUUCGACUUCAACGAUGCCAUCAUUCGCGGCUUGAUCUUUGUCCCGAUCUUCACGAAGUUCCUGACGCAGAUGCACAGGGAUGCGCUCUCUGCGAAUCCGGCAGCCAUCACACGCUUCUUCGGCUCCAAGCCGAUGGCCACGCUGGGCUCCAUCGCCUUCCCGAUGUUCAUCCUGCACCGCGGCCAAGCACUGGCACGGCCCCAUUGGACAGAUCUUCUACAAGAAGGCACCACGGAGCUCUUGCACAGCGACGGGUUCUACCUCCUUAUCUGCUUGGGUCUGAGCCACUUGACGAAUGAGUACUUCGUCAAGAACAAGAAGGUGUCAGCCAUCGCGGGCAAAGUUGCCCAAUUCCUGGGAACAAUGAGCCAGGCACAAGGCCUUGUUGAUGCUCAAGCAGCGCUCUUGCAGAGCAGGGCGGACGACAUGAGUGCAACGCAGAAACCCGAUGUGUCUUGGCGGCAGGGAGUGUUCGGGGAUGCGGCUGAUGCCAAGGCCAUGGCCACACCUGCGGACUCGAAGCAGGAAGUCAAGCCGGUGAAGGUCUCGAAGCCUCGGAUUGACUGCAUUGACGGCUGCCGCUUCGCAUUGGUCUUCCCCAUCGUCAUCGCGCACUUUGCGAGGUUUGGCACCAGCAAUCUGACGGCGCUGAAGCUGCUGACGCAGGAGAACGUGCUCGUGGGAGGCUUCUUCGUCAUCUCAGGAUAUGUGUCUGCCUACACCUCCACGAAGCUAGGCGAGCGGAAGGCAGAGGACAAGAAGCUGGCCAACCCAGAGCUCUUCUUCUGGCAGAGGGUGAUGGCCUACUAUCCUUUGCACUUCGUGAUUUCCUGCCUCUUCGCCCCGAUGUUCAUCCAGGUUGAGAGGUGGUACAACACUCCCUGGACCACGACCGCCUUCCGUGCCUUCCUGAACUUCAGCAUGCUGCAGGCAGCCGUGCAAAUUGCAAAGCUGCGCCGGGAGACGUUGCAGUGCUUUUUUGGCCAGGCUUGGUUCCCCAAGGAAGCAGAGAUCUGGAAUCAGCCCACCUGGUUCUUGUCGGCCCUGACGUUCUCGAACCUCACCAUGCCGACGCUGGUGCUGCCGCAGGUUGCGCAGCUGUCCAAGAACGGCCUUCAGAAGCUCUUCGCUGCUUUGACGGGCAUUUCGCUCCUGCAGAAGGUCUCUUACUCGGAGACGGCCCGCUUCCACAGCAGCAAGGAGCAUCCAGCGCCUUGGCUGAGACUGCGGAUGCAAGUCAACGGACAGGUGAUGCACCCUCUGAUCUGGAACCUGACCCGCUUCCACCCCUUCUGGGCGCUGAUCGAGAUGACGAUGGGCAUCGUCGCGGCCAGGCACGUCAUGCUGGACACGGAGGAGGACAAGAAGAAGCCGACCACGAACCCCCUGUGGCUCUUCCUGGCGGCUUACGCUUCCCUUGGUCUGCGUUUGACCAAGUUCGACUUCAACGAUGCCAUCAUUCGCGGCUUGAUCUUUGUCCCGAUCUUCACGAAGUUCCUGACGCAGAUGCACAGGGAUGCGCUCUCUGCGAAUCCGGCAGCCAUCACACGCUUCUUCGGCUCCAGGCCGAUGGCCACGCUGGGCUCCAUCGCCUUCCCGAUGUUCAUCCUGCACCGCGGCCAAGCACUGGAGCACGGCCCCAUUGGACAGAUCUUCUACAAGAAGGCACCACGGAGCUCUUGCACAGCGACGGGAUGGAUGUGUCUCGCAAGGUUCUACCUCCUUAUCUGCUUGGGUCUGAGCCACUUGACGAAUGAGUACUUCGUCAAGAACAAGAAGGUGUCAGCCAUCGCGGGCAAAGUUGCCCAAUUCCUGGGAAACUGGACUGAGGGCAUGCUGCGUGAUCGUUCCUAA